AUGGCAGGAGUAAGAAAGGAAGAUAUCUUCCGUUGGUGUAGAGAAAAGGAGAUAACUGUGGAAAGCAGUUUUGGAUUAACUGGAAAUUUGACUGAUGCCAGCGAUGAUAGUAUCAUCAAUUCAGUCAAGUUUCUGUAUGGAGUCAGCGAUCCGCGUAUUGUGGAUAAAUGGAAAGGGUUAAAUGGUAAUAUCACCGCUGUAUUAAUCAACAAUAAGAACCUGCUAGACCCAGUGUUGCUUCCUAGUAUGGUGGUAGUGGAGGGAGUACCUGGGUGGAAAGUACAUGUGGUAUGGCCUGAGUGGAAAAGCAGUGGGACUGGAACCGAUAUCCCGUGUGAAGAACUGGGCACGGGGGAGCCAAAUAUACUAGCUACGGGGGACCUUGUUCCUCCACCAGUGGCUGAUACAGAAGUACCCCAUCAACGGGAGGAUGCAAUUGAGAGUCAAGUGGAUACAGUAGUGGGCAAAAUGGUUAGUCAUUUGGAAAAAUGGCACUUUGAAGGGGGAUAUCGACGCCUUAGGAUAUUUUCAGGAAUCACACCUAUUCCAGCUGGAGAGGAGACCUACGAAUUGUGGAGGGAGGCGGCAACCCAACAUUCAGAGGAAUGGCAAUGCCCUGACCAUGUCAAACGCCAGAGGGUGGUGGAAAGUCUGAGGGGGCCAGCUAUGGGGGUAAUUCAAGCUACCCGAAGAAGCAACCCAAAAGCCACCCUGAAAGAUUAUCUGGAGGCCUUGGACUUCUCUUUUGGUACAAUGGAUGAUGUCGGGGAUUUGUUAGCUCGACUGAACCAUACUUAUCAAGAUCUGGGAGAAACAUUGACUCAUUAUGUGUACAGGGUAGAUAGACUUAUUUAUAAAAUAGUGGACAAAGGGGGCAUCGAUAAAGAUACAGUGGAUAGUCGGAGACUGACACAAGUACUAAAAGGAGCGUUAACUAGCAAUCCGGUAGCACAAAGAUUGAGGUGCACCAUGUCGGCUGCCCGGGCCCCUACAUUGAAUGAACUAGUUAGAGAAGUGAAAUUAGAGGAGGUGCAAAUUGAGAAUAGGGAGAAAGGUUGUUGA